AGCAUCAACAGCCUAGCAGAGCAAUCUUCUUCUUCUUCGAUCUCUCGCGAUGGCCAAGAUCCAGCCCCUCCCCGCGGCCCCCUCACCGCCGUCCUCCGGUGAUCACCGCCGGGGCCAGCAGGCGUACACGGUGUGGAUGAAGUCGCUGGUCUUCAAUGGCAACGGCUGCGCGGUGUAUGGCCUCGACGGCGCCGUGGCCUUCCGCGUCGACAACUACGGCUGCAGGGGCGGCCGCGAGGUCCUGUUCAUGGACCGUGCCGGCAACGCCCUCCUCAGGAUCAGGCGCAAGGGCUUCGGCAUGUUCAAGAGGUGGGAGGUCUGCCGGUGCGAGGACGAGGAGGCGACGCCGUGGUUCACCGUGCGCCGGGCUGGCAAGGGCGGGGCCGUCGUUGCGAUGCAUGGCGGCGCGGGGACCUGCUACAGGAUCGACGGGUGCUCUGCCAGCAAGACGGAGUACAGAGUCCGCGGCGUCGAUGGCGCGGCCGUGGCAGAGGUGGCCCGGAAGCAGACGGCGGCGGGGGUGGUGCUGGGCGAGGACGUGCUGACGCUGACGGUGGCGCCGGAAAUGGAUCACCUGCUCGCCCUGGGUAUGGUCGUGGUGCGUGGCCUCAUCAACCGCUCCUUGUGACCCUCUUCUUCUAGUUCAGGUUCAGGUCUCUCUAGUUAGUAGCAACGUAGACCAUUUUUUUCUGACGAACAGUUCAGCAAGGUUUUUCCCAUAAUGCCAGAUUGGCAUGGUGACUCUUUUUGGCGUAUGACUUUUUUUCCCUUUCUCAAAGGGUUUUUCACUACCAUAGUUUCAACACGAUGAAACAAGGUUAUACAGUGAUUGUAUAAAUCUUUGGGAGUACUUAGUUUAGUUUGUGGGAGUACUUAGUUUAGUUGUCUAUGUGUUAUCCUUA